AUGUCUUCUUUUUCUUUCUUCUCAUUCUAUUUUCUUUCAUUUUUGCUUUUCAAUUUUUCCUUUCCUUUUUCAUUUUUUACUUCGCUAUUCUCAAUAUUCCUUUUGUCCUUAGUCUCUUUAUUUUCUUUUUUUCUUUUUUGUCUCUGUCCAUUCGUAACUUCCUUCAUUUGUUCUUUUUAUCAAUUUUUUAUCCUUAUUUUUCUUUUAUCAUUCCCUCCAUUCUUUGUUUCUUUCCUUUUUCUUCCUUUUUUUAUUUCAUUCUAUCUCAGUUUGCUAAUAUCUAUCUAUCUAUCUAUCUAUCUGUCUGUCUGUCUGUCUGUCUCAUUCUGUUCAUAUCUAUCUAUCGAUUUUUCUCUGUUCAUAUCUAUCUAUCUAUCUAUCUAUCUAUCUCAUUCUGUUCAUUAUCUAUUCUGUUCAUAUCUAUCUAUCUAUCUACCUAUCUAUCUGUCUGUCACAAUCUGUUCAUAUCUACCUAUCUAUCUAUCUAGCUAUCUCAUAUUGUUCAAUUUCUUUCUUUCUAUCUAUCUAUCUCAUUCUGUUUAUUCCAUCUCAGUCUGUUCAUAUCUAUCUAUCUAUCUAUCUAUCUAUCUAUCUGUCUGUCACAGUCUAUUCAUAUCUAUCUAUCUAGCUAGCUAUCUCAUAUUGUUCAAUUUCUUUUUUUCUUCCUAUUUAUCUAUCUAUCUGUCUAUCUAUCUCAGAUUUUAUCAUUUUCUCUCUAUAUAUCCCAGACAAUUCAUAUCUAUCUAUCUAUCUAUCUAUCUAUCUAUCUAUCUAUCCUGCCGGGAAAAGUUCUAA